UCAUCAUGAACUAGUGCUGCGGUCUGCUUUUGAGGUUUGCAUUGCGAACCGUGUGUGUGGGAUUUUUUUACAUUUUAUUUUAAUAAAAUCGAACACAAUAUUAAGUUCGACUGGGUAGUGAAAUUGAGAACAAUUACCCUUCAAUAAUGCCGGCCUAUCACUCUAGUUUUUUGGAAAAUAACCACACCGUUGGAAACAUAGCUAUGUUGCCAUUCAAGACUCAAUUUCGAGGUCCCGCACCGCCCUACAGUGGAAAGGAAUUAGAUAUAAUAGAUGAGGCGUUGUAUUUUUUCAAAGCUAAUGUUUUCUUCAGAACUUACGAGAUCAAGAGCGAAGCUGACCGUGUAUUGAUUUACAUUACUUUGUACAUCACUGAAUGCUUGAAAAAAUUACAAAAAUGCGCUACAAAAAACCAAGCAACAAAUGAGAUGUAUACUCUAGCUAUUUCCAAGUUUGAUAUCCCAGGAGAUGCUGGUUUCCCUUUGAAUUCCGUUUACGCUAAGCCAGCAACUGCGUCUGACGCUGAUCUCAUGAGGCAGUACCUGCAGCAAUUGCGACAAGAAACAGGUGUGAGAGUUGUAGAAAAAGUUUAUGGCGAAGAUGGAAAGCCAAGCAAAUGGUGGCUUUGUUUUGCAAAGAAAAAGUUCAUGGAUAAGUCCUUGUCCGGACCUGGCCAAUAAAUAAAUUUGAUCAGUUUGUCAUUCAUCUUAAACUAAUUUCCGUACCGAUCUUCACGGCUCUUCGCCCUCGUUGAAGCCUGGGUCAUGUUAAUAUUAACAACCAAAAUUAUCUUUACCUCUAUGAUCAGAUCAAAAUUCAGUUUAAUUAUUCGGUACCUCUAUUGAAUCGAUUCCUCUAGACUGAGUGCCAAAUAUAUUGAUUCAAUACCUGUGGAUUCGCUAGAAUUUCAUCCUGCAACGUCCAAUGAUAACAGUCAUGCUAAAAAACGAUAUGAUUGUACAAUCGGACUUGUGCAAGCGGAUCGAUGUUAAUCAUGUAUGACCAUGCGUGUAGAUUAUGAGGAAUUUGAACGCAAUUAUCUGAUGAUCAUCCAGUGUAAGUAGUGUUAGUGUAAUUAUAUGAUUAUUAUUUUAUAUUAUGGAUAUAAAGAAAGUUAAAAACACAAA